CGCUUCUUGUGCUUAAUCUGAAAACUAAAGAAGAAGACGAUUAGAUAAAAGUAACCCUAAUUUAAAUGUUCCAAUGAAUUUUGUUAAAAUGGGAUUGUUUAUCAAUUUAGCUAGAAAUUCAAUAUACCAAAUAACCAGACAAAAUAUCCAUCAGAGUGCUGGGUUGCGUCAACCUGGAGCUUAUUCUGGGGAAGGGAAGACGUCUAUACAUAUUUUGAACCAGGACAAAGAUUUAGGAAUAUUAAUAGACGGUUAUAGCCAAGUGGGUUUUCGACUGAAUAACCAAGUGACAAUUUUAGGCUCUAUGGUUAUUUUUCCAAGGUCCGUUUUGUCAUGGAAAGUAGAUGAUGUUUCAGAAAUAACUGAAGAAGCAUUGAGCCUUUUCUCAGUGUUAGAACCCAAAAUAGAUAUACUAGUUUUAGGAGUAGGAGAUAAAAUAGAUAAUUUCAAUUUUUAUCAAAAGUUAUUACCGUUCUCCAGGAAACACAGAAUCCCAUUUGAAAUAUUGCCUACGGAACAAGCUUGUGCAACUUUUAAUUUCCUUAACGUAGAAGGAAGAAAUGUGGUCGCUGCUUUAAUACCACCAAAGCAUAUAGUAACCACUGCUGAAGAUGAAUUGCAGUCUAAAUUGAGGUAUCAGAACUUAUACGAAGAUAAAUAAAUACGUUUAAAAUCAAA